UCGAGUUUAGCAAAGAUGGCGAUGGCUACGUUGCUAGUGAUGCUGAUUGUCAUCGGCAGCGCAAAUAGUCUCCGCAUGGACUACUACAUUACCACUUUCCCAUUUGCCGAGUCAAUAGUGAAGAACGCUGUUAACAAAGCUUUGCAAAAUGAUCCAUCCCUAGCAGCUGCCUUGCUUCGAAUGCACUUCCAUGAUUGCUUCGUUGAGGGAUGUGACGGGUCCGUUCUCGUCGAUUCGACAGAGGAUAACACCGCAGAAAAAGAUUCCCCUGCGAACUUGAGCUUGAGAGGCUUUGAGGUUAUUGAUGAUGCCAAGGAGCAACUUGAAGAGCAAUGCCCCGGCAUUGCCUCGUGUGCCGAUAUUGUUGCAAUGGCUGCUGGAGAUGCAAUUUUCUGGUCUCUUACUUCUUCUCUCUCUUCUCCUUCUUCACGAUCAACCAACUGCAGGGGGCCAAUAUAUGAUAUACCAAAAGGAAGAAGAGAUGGAAGGAGGUCUAAGAUAGAAGACACAAUCAACUUGCCUUUCCCCUCCUUCAACACUUCUCAGCUCAUCAACGCCUUUGGGCGGCGAGGUUUCACUACUACAGAUAUGGUCGCUUUGUCCGGGGCACAUACAUUAGGAGUUGCAAGAUGUUCAUCGUUCAAGAACAGGUUGAGUAACCAAGAUCCGACCCUAGAUUCCGAUUUCGCCAAGGCACUAUCGAAAACAUGUGGAGCAGGCGAUAAUGCUGAGCAAUCUUUCGACGACACGCCGAAAAAUUUCGACAAUGAUUACUUCAAUGCAUUGACGAGAAAAAAUGGGGUUCUUUUCUCGGAUCAAGUGUUGUAUACGGCGACCGGUACGAGGGCCAUUGUCAAUGGUUACGUCAUGAACGAAGCAAGGUUUUUCCUUGAUUUCCAGCAGUCAAUGGUGAAGAUGGGGAGGCUUGAUGUUAAGGAAGGCCCCAAGGGAGAAGUUCGAAAGAACUGCCGCAAAAUUAACUGAAAAUUUGCUAUUCUAUAAUUUUCUGUAACCUAAAUCGUAUAAACUAAAAAUGCAGUAUCAAAUUA